CGAGUGAGUGUUUUGCUGUCUCGGCGACUCGAAAUAGAGUCGCAAUUGCACACACAUGCACGGAGGCCGGUCGGCGGAGUGCAGGCAGAGUGCAUCGCGCGCAGUGCAGCCGAGUUAGUCGUCGCGAGUGCGAGCAUGGACCGAGCCGACGAGCACCACGUCAACAUCGCAGUGACCCUGAUGGCCUCAGACAAUGACGACGAUCACGACGACGACGACGACGACAACGAUGACGACGACCAGCAGGUCUUGGUUGACGGAAGCGGCGGCGCCAGGCGGAGCCGCUCCAUCAGCGUGAUCGACGCCGGAACGACAAGCCGUCGGCAGAAUGGAGGUGGCAAGCGCGUCUUCUUCCGGCCGAACGGGACGCCGCACGUGCGGAGCCACUCGGUGCCGGCGCCGUUACAUCGGCAGCAGCAUACGCGGCGGCAGCGGACGCCGCCGUCGGGCCGCAGGAUAAGCCAGCGCCUGCUGAGGACGCACCUGACGCCCAAGGCGCCCGGCUUCAGCAACUUCGACCGCAAGCAAAAGCUCGUGUUCGCCUCCCUCGCACUUGUGGACUUUGUCAGCUUCUGCUCCAUGUCCAUCAUGGCGCCGUUCUACCCAAAAGAGGCUUCAGCCAAAGGAGUGAACGCAACGGUAUCCGGCCUGGUUUUUAGCUUCUACGCUUUUGUGAUGUUCGUGUCUUCGCCGCUGUUUGGCAAAAUUCUUCCGCUGGUGGGCGCCAAGUUCAUGUUCAUGUCGGGUAUGUUCCUCGCCGGAGGCUGCAGUAUAAUUUUUGGACUGAUGGACAGGAUCAACGACAUGACCACUUUCGUCACGUACAGCUUCUUGCUGCGCGGCACCGAAGCCCUCGGCGCCGCAGCCUACUCCACCGCCAGCUACACUUUCGUCGCCGACAUCUUCCCGGACAACAUCGGAUCUGUCAUGGGCAUCUUAGAGACGUUUGUCGGGCUCGGAAUGAGUGUCGGACCGGCACUCGGAGGUGUCCUCUACUCGGUUGGUGGUUUUGGACUUCCCUUCUAUACUCUUGGAAUUGUGAUGGUCUUUUUCGUGCCUAUCAACAUUUAUCUCCUUCCGGCAGCUGAAGCGAAUGAACCACGUCAGAAAGCAGGCUCGAUUCUGGAAGUGCUGCGGGUGCCUUCGGUGGUUGUCAUCGGACUGGUUGUCAUCGUCUCGGCAGCAAACUGGGGCCUUCUCGACCCGACCCUUGAGCCACAUUUGCGUCAGUACAAUCUGACGCCGCAGCAAGUCGGCCUGGUUUUCCUGCUCUCGUCGGGUGUGUACGCUGCUGCGAGUCCGCUCUGGGGACUCCUGGCCUCCAAAAUUGGCUCGCACUGGUUCAUGAUGUGCUUCGGACUUGUGCUCUGCACAUUUGGACUUCUCACAAUCGGACCUUCGCCGCUGAUUCCAUUCCUUCCAGGCUCGCUGUGGCUGACUCUGGCGUCGCUGGCAAUCCUGGGCAUGGCGGCGGCGCUGACCCUGCUGCCGACAUACCAGGCGGUGCUGGACGCUGCGGUGGCGGGCGGCUGCUCGGACGACCUGCCGACGUACAGCAUCGUGGCCGGCGUGUGGUCGGGCAUGUACUCGCUGGGCGAGGUGAUCGGUCCGUCGCUGGGCGGCCUCGUGCUCGAGUGGUACGGCUUCCCCACGUGCGCCACCCUGAUGGCCGGGGUGACCUUCGCGGUGGCGCUGCUCGUGCUUGUCUUCUUCUCCGUGCACGGCCAGCCGGUCAAGCCCGUGAAGAAGGACAUUCUGGAGGAGGAGGACGAGGAGGAAGAAGAGGAGGACGAGGAGCGGCAGGCCAGCGAGGACAACGUGGCAGCCACCAACGAAGACAACGCGCUGCUGACUGAGCGGAUUUCGCAGUUCCAGCACAACGGCUACGGCAGCUUUGACAGCAACGGGGUGAUGGCGGCGCCGCCGGGCAUGGGGCCGUCCCAAAUCAUGAAGACGGUCGCGCUGACGGCGACCGGCGCCAUUGAGGUGUGAUGUCGAUUAAGUUCCGAUCGCGGUUGUGCAUCAGACAACAGGUUCAUCAAACAGUUUUAUUUUGCCAGGAUUUUCGUUAUUUACUUUUUCGUUCACCUGAUCAAUUGCGUGAGGAACUGGACACAUAACAUGUGAUAGCGGAAACGAGACGUUGCCCUGACAAAGAAGUGAGACUGUUGCUAACGCAGUGAUAGACCGUGAUUUGCACCCGAGUGGUUUCUGACAAGGUUUUUGUGCCGUCUGAAGAUUACAGAUUCUUGAGUUCUGAACGAAAUGGAAAUUAUUUGAAAAAGAAAAAAGCGACAAGUUUGCAAAUUUAAUUUAACUCUAAAUGUCUCCCUAGUUAAUAUUACAAAUAAUUUUUACGUUAGAAAAUUUCCAUUUCGUUUAAGGACUAAUUCUAAAUUUCGCAUUGUAUUCCCGACUAUAUCCGAUAAAUCAGGUUCCAAGAUUUUUAGCUCCAUUGACAUUAGGUUCAUAUUAACGUUUUUUAAUCAUCUCCAUCAUGAAUCCACUCCGUACGUUACCUUAUUAUGGGAUAAGAUAUUCUAGUUUGCUAAGCAUUGCGAUCAAAUGAUAAUGCCGCUGAGGAUAUUUUUGGCUUCUUCAAGGGACAAAGCGAAUUUGUGCCCAGUGAUAUUAAUAUCUUUUUGACUGAGAGCCAAUUUAAAUGAGUUGCACCAUUAAUUUGACUCCACUAUUAAAUAAUAAUUGGUGCCCGAGCCUUUGUUAUGACUUACUUAAGAUGUGAGAUCUAAACCACUGUAAUGAAUAUCAUCACAUUCUAAAAACGCUAAUCUGCCUUUUCUGGUGACUUAAUUUUCAUUAGAUCAGAUAAAUGUAUGCGCAGGACUCUGAUAGCGUAGCACAAAAUUGAAAACAGGUGGAUUGUGUUACAUUGCAUUUUUAAUUGUUCUCAAGCUGGAAAACUGUAUCCAUUUGUCCUUAAAAUAAUAAAGGAAUUUGAAGUGGUUCACAUUCAACUAAA